AUGCCUGGCCUGGAAAUCCCGGGCGAGUUCCUACGACAUGCUGUACUCGAUACAGUGGUGCCUCAUGCUCCGGCAAUCGAUAUUGAAGGGUCAUUGACCUCGGCCCUGGAGGACGGAGCAGACGAUCUACCCUCAGUACUUUCCUCUAUUCCCCAAAGGUCCCUUCUAUUUUUCGACGAGUCUCUUCCCGUCCGCGUUGUCCUGCGCCUCUCCGAUUGCACAGAUACCAUUUUGAAGCAUAAUUUACCCCGUCUCGAAAUUCGAUUAGAUGUAUUCGCAGUCGACCCUGCAGAGACCGUGGCGGAGAAUCCGACUCCAGCUAGAGAUAUCAUUUUCUCCGGAGUUGUGGACACAAGGGAGGAACCAUUGGUGAUCUUCAAUGAGUUCGAAGGCGAAGAUGGGACAGGCAACCAUGUCUACCUCAUAUGGAGCAUGGAGACAUUCCUUAAGCGCCCUCGAAACCGUAUCCCGAACCCAUCCCUCCUGUUCAUCGCCUCCGCGAGCCUAAAUCCUUCGGAAUCAAGCCGACAGGAAGACCCUGAAGACGACUACCUACCUCCACUCGUCCCUGCGUCGACGAACAUGUUCCAGCCCUUGUCUGGAGACAAAGCCCUCGCCCAUAAAGAGCCCUUCCUUCCAGCAUCAAGGUUGUUGCGGGUCGUGCCUACAACAUAUCAGGAGGACCCCAUUUACAACGUCCAGCAGCAACAUGGUCACCCCUUUCGCGUGGUUCCUGCAGCCAGUGCCAGGAUUCGCUACUCACGAUUGAAUUCCUACACUGGUCUUCCCACUACAGUUGCCAGUCUGGACUUCGAAGUGACACCAUUUUUGAUGUGUGAGGUCUGUUUUGAUAAGGCGGAUGUAAAGUUGUCCGAGGGCACGCUUGAGCCUCUGUCGGCCGUACAAGGACUUGAGCUCCCAAUAAGCUGCCGGCCUCGAGACGAUGUGACCCUAAUGUACAAACUUACACCCGAAUAUGGUCCCGAGACCAACCCAUCAUCGACUGCCAUGAUGAGCAUGCUGGACAUCUCGCUAGGAGCAGUCAUUCUCCUAUCCGACGAUUGCAAGCCUCGCAUCACAAUGCAAUGGCGAACCAAUGUCGAUUUCUCGUUGCCCCUUAACCCAACAUUUGGCGGUCCCAGCCAGGCAUUACAGAGAAGCAACCGCCCUACAAGUCUAGCCAUGCCUCAGGGCUUUUCUCAAACAGGACCGAACCCUAACAAUCGGUCCUCCCUGCGAGAGCGAGCUUAUUCAGUUACUGACGUGGGAGUCACCAUCUCAUUCUCUGGUCCUUCCCGUGUGCAGGUUGGAUCGCCAUUCUCUUGGGACGUCUUCAUUGUCAACCGCUCCAACAUCCCACGUAAAUUUGCCCUGAUUGCGAUUCCCCGACGGAAACGUGUGGAUCCGAGGGGCCAUAUGGCUCGCCCCUCGUCAUCAUCCAUCUCGAGCCGGAAGGAGGAUCAUGUAGCGGAGGCUGUCACAGAUGACAAUAUCGUGCACGCGAUGCAGAAGAGUGUUGCUGGCCAGGAGGCUGAACUUAUCAGUUUGAGCACUGACAUCCGUGUCGGGCCCCUCUUGCCUGGAACGUGUCACUCAACCGAACUCAAGCUCCUACCCCUUGCGACUGGUCCCCUUCAGUUGGAAGCGGUACGCCUCGUGGAUGUGAAUACGAAUGAAACGACCGAUAUUCGAGACCUGCCAGACAUUCUAGCCGAUGACCAGCCUCGAGUAUCUGCAUGA